AUGUGGACCAGCCGCCCUGCUCUGUGCCUACUCCUCUGGGUGGCUGUGGUGACUCUCCAAGUGCAUGGCCAGCGGAAGAAGGGGCCAAAGGGAAACCCAUCAUCAUCAUCCAGGAGAGGUGACCCGCAGGGCUCCACCUGCCUCAUUGACAUGCUCUUCAUCGUGGACAGUUCCGAGAGCUCUAAGAUCACCCUCUUUGACAAACAGAAGGAGUUUGUGACUAGUCUCAGUGACAAGAUUUCCCACCCUCCUCAGGGCGCCUUGCAGGAAUACGAUGUCAGGAUAGCGGCUCUGCAGUUCAGCAGCUCUGUCCAAGUGGACCAGCCCUUUGCAUCAUGGAGAGACCUGCAGAGCUUCCAGCAGAGGGUCCGCUCCAUGAACUUCAUUGGACAAGGCACCUUCUCCUACUACGCCAUCUCCAAUGCCACACACCUGUUUCAGAAAGAGGGCCGUGAUGGAGGUGUGAAGGUGGCUGUGCUCAUGACCGAUGGCAUCGACCAUCCGAAGAAUCCUGAUGUCCGUGGCAUUUCAGAUGCAGCCCGGAAUCUGGGUGUCUCAUUUGUCACCGUUGGCCUUUCCCAAGUGGCCAAUGAAGCCAAACUUCGGCUGAUCUCGGGCGAGUCUUCUGGCAAACCUAUCCCACUACUGAGUGACCCUAACGUUAUUGAGAAUGUGCAGCACCAGCUGGAAACCCUUUUUGAUAAGAAGUGCGUCCGGAAGGCCUGCGAGUGUGAGAAGGGUGAUCCCGGGGAGCCAGGACCUCCUGGCAGCCAUGGCUAUCCAGGGAGCAAAGGUGAGAGAGGACCAAGAGGCCAACCGGGUGAUGCCCAGAAAGGAGAGCCAGGAGAGAAAGGCCCGGGGGGAGAUCCUGGGUACAAAGGGGACAAGGGUGAACGAGGAGAAUGUGGCACCCCAGGAAUAAAAGGUGACAAAGGACCUCCAGGCCUCUAUGGACCCAACGGCCCCCGGGGACCACAGGGUGUAAGAGGACCACCAGGUGAACCAGGGCCAAAAGGCUUUCAAGGUAACAAGGGUGAGCCAGGCCCUGCUGGUCCUUAUGGUCCUCCUGGUCCCCCUGGCAUUGGGCAGCAAGGGCUAAAGGGAGAAAGAGGGCGAGAGGGCCGGCCUGGGGCUCCAGGACCCAUUGGGAUUGGUGAGCCAGGACAAACUGGUCCCCGGGGUCCUGAAGGAGCCCCAGGAGAGAGAGGAAUACCUGGAGAAGGACUUCCGGGCCCCAAGGGUGAAAAGGGUUCUGAUGGGCCCAUUGGCCCCCAAGGACUCCAGGGUCUAUCAAUCAAAGGGGACAAGGGGGAUUUGGGACCUGUGGGACCUCAAGGGCCAAGGGGUGCCCCUGGACUCGGGACUCAGGGUGAUCAGGGAAUCCAAGGUCCAAGCGGCCCUCCCGGUCCCCAAGGACCCCCAGGCCAGGGCUCCCCUGGUCCCAAGGGAGAAGUGGGCCAGCCUGGACCCACUGGGCUUCGGGGACCAGUAGGAACUGGAGUCCCAGGUCCAAAGGGAGAGCCAGGGUCUGUGGGGCUGCCAGGGCAGCCAGGAUCCCCAGGAGAAGAUGGAGCUGGGGGCAAGAAGGGGGAAGCUGGACUUCCAGGGGCAAGAGGCCCAGAAGGAGCCCCUGGCAAAGGACAGCCUGGCCCAAAGGGUGACGAGGGGAAGAAGGGGAGCAAGGGCAACGCGGGGCAGAAGGGCGUGGCGGGUCCCGAGGGUCCGAAGGGUGAGCCUGGUGUCAUGGGGCCCUUCGGCAUGCCUGGGGCAUCGAUUCAAGGACCUCCUGGGCCAAAGGGAGACAGAGGAGAGAUCGGGAGGCCAGGCUUCAAAGGAGAACCCGGAUUUUCCAUCCGAGGCCCCAAGGGUGCCCAAGGUCCUCAAGGCCCCGAGGGGGCUCCAGGCCCCAAAGGCGAUGGCUAUCCUGGAGCAGCUGGACCUCGAGGACUCCCAGGACCCCCCGGACCCAUGGGCUUACGGGGCAUCGGAGACACUGGAGCAAAGGGAGAACCUGGUGUGAGAGGCCCUCCUGGACCCUCCGGACCUAGGGGCAUAGGAAGCCAGGGACCAAAGGGUGCCCUUGGGCAGAAAGGUCUGCCUGGGCCUCCAGGCCCUCCAGGCUAUGGCACACAAGGCGUAAAGGGGGAGCAGGGCCCCCAAGGCCCUCAGGGACAGAAGGGCACCGUGGGCCAUGGCCUGCCUGGCCAAAAGGGUGAGCCCGGCAGCCAAGGGGACGUGGGGAAGAAAGGAGACAAGGGAGAGAUCGGCGAGCCCGGAGCCCCUGGAAGACAGGGGCUGCCAGGACCCAAAGGGGAUGCUGGACUCAGUAGAGAAGAAAUUAUCAAACUGAUUAUUGAAAUAUGUGGUUGUGGGGCUAAGUGUAAGGAGAGUCCCCUGGAACUGGUGUUCGUGAUUGACAGCUCCGAGAGCGUGGGGCCAGAGAACUUCCAACUCAUCAGAGACUUUGUCAAGAAACUCGUUGACCGUGUGGCGGUGGAGCACACCAGCGCCCGCAUGGGCCUCAUCAACUACAGCCACAAGGUGGAGGUGGUGGCCGACCUCAAACACUUCUCGGGCAAGGACCGCCUCUGGAGCGCGGUGGACGCCAUGCAGUACCUGGGGGAAGGCACCUACACGGCCUCUGCGCUGCACGCGGCCAACGCCAUGUUCCAGUCCGCCAGGCCUUCUGUGAGGAAGGUGGCCUUGGUCAUCACCGAUGGGCAGGCUGACACCCGUGACGAGAUGAACCUGGAGCAGGUGGUGAAGAAGGCCAAUGCCUCCGGCGUGGAGGUCUUUGUGAUCGGCGUGGUGAAGGAGAGCGACCCCAACUUUGAGGUCUUCCGCCUCGAGAUGGACCUAAUUGCCACAGACCCUGACAGUGAGCACGUUUACCAGAUCGACGAUUUCCUGACACUCCCAGCCCUGGAGAAUAAACUGUUCCAAAAAAUCUGUGAGGACUUUAACUCUUACCUCGACCAAAUUCUUGGCGCACCGGUUCUCCAUCCUGGUUUUGGGACUAAGCUACAGGGGACUGUGGAUGCCCCCACUGCUGAGGUGGAGCUGGAGAGCGCUGAGUCGCUCAGUCCUCCAGGAGCCCAGGACAAAGGGCCCGGACCUUUCCCGUCCCUCAGGAGUGGAGUCUCCACCGCGACCACGACAAGGAACAUGCCUGUGGAUCACAGACAGUCCAUCGGCCCCAUGGCUGGCGGCGGCACACAGGAUGAGGACACUCGUACCCUUCAGCCCAUUUUUGUCGUGCCCACUGUUGAGACUGCACGCCGAGAUCCCCAGUGCCUGGAGGCCCUGAGACCGGGAGACUGUGGGGAGUAUGUCGUCCGGUGGUACUAUGAUAAGGAGGUGGAUGCAUGUGCCCGCUUCUGGUACAGUGGCUGCGGUGGCACCAGCAACCGGUUCAACAGUGAACAGGAAUGUCGCAAAGCCUGCGUCCAAGGAUGAACGCACUCGGCCAGAGAAGACUUCUCAGGAGUGUGAGGAGGCUCCUGGUGAGGAUGCAUGGGAGACGGGUCAUCCCCACACACCAGAGGAUGCUACGUUCCUCCUUCCUGCACGUCUGCCUGCUUGCUUCCCCUGAUGUCACCCUCCUGCUGAGCCGAUGUGUGUCUCUCUUGACAUGUGGCUACAAGCUAUUCGAGCUUCUGUCUAACUUCGCAAAUCCAGAGUCCCAGGAGCUGGGUCUGGUCCCUCCUCCUCCCCUUCCCACCUCUCACUCCAGCCUGGAAUCUCUCCCCAAUUGGAGAGCAGGGAUUGGUAAUAGUCAGAAUGUGGCCAAGCAGAGGAGCAGGGGGCCACAGAUGACUAUGGGGUCAACGGCUUGGUAUUGAGAAAGUUCCCCUUGGUCAAAAAAAAGACUCUCUUGGGACAGAUGCUGUCUUAUCUUAGCAGGAAAGAAACCAAAGUGUGUGUGUGUGUGUGUGUGUGUGUGUGUGUGUCUGUGUGCGUGUGUGUGCACGUGCGAGCGUGUCCUCCAGAGUGCACCUGGUGGGGUGGGGGUGCUGACUGAUGCUUUCUGUCCCUGCAAAGCUUUCUGAAGGGGAUGCAGGGUGGGGGACAUUGGUUUCUCCCCUCCCUCUCCCACCUUCCUACCUUUAGAGACUCAUGGACCCACUGUGGGGAUGUUGUUGGAAGUUAUAGGAAAUAAAAUGAGG